GGAAAUAACUUUAUAUCAGAUUAAUUACUAUAUAGACUACCGGCACAGCCUAUAUUAUGUCUGUAUAACAUGAGAAUUGAGAAAGUUGGAAACACCGCACGCCUCAGUUCAUAGCAGGCGAAUGAACUCCCUCGCUCACUGUCACAUCCACUCUGCGCGGAUGAGGUACUUGGCUGGAGCGCGCCCGUAAGAAGCCAGUCGACAUUUGUAACUGCUCUUAAACCUACAUUCUGCGGUCAACUCACCCUGCAGACUUAUUUUUGUUCACUUUGAAAUUAAGCUCCAUUCAUCAACAUCAAACUGGACUCUCGGUGGAUAGUUAUUUACUCCUGUUGACUUUCUUGUCAACUUUCACACACCGUUUAUUGGGACAUGGGUGCGAGGCGCGAUGUGCAAACUUUUCUGGCUCUAUCCACAUUUCUAUUCGUUGCAACAUGUGAGCCAAUGGAUCAGCAAGAUAUGCAAGUCAUUGACAUGCUAACCCUGGACUCCAAGACCAGUGUGUCUGCGGUGGAGAAGGUGACAGGUGCCAUGAGUGUGCUCAGUGACAUCUACAUCGUGUCCACAUUCCGCCUGCCUCCCAAGAUGGGAGGGGUGCUGCUGGGCAUCUACAGCAAAGAGGAGAACAAGAAGUAUCUGGAGCUGGCCAUCAUGGGAAAGAUCAACAAAGCUUUGGUGCGUUACGUGAGGGAGGAUGGCAGAAUUCACACAGUGAACCUCCAGAGCACAAACCUGGCUGAUGGUCGCACACACUCCAUUAUUCUCCGGAUCGGAGGCCUGCGCAGAGACAACCUACACCUGGAGCUCUACGUCAAUUGUCGAUUGGCUGACUCCAGCCAGGGCCUCCCUCCAUUGGUCCCUCUCCCCGCGGAGAAGGUGGAGAUUCGUAAUGGCUUCAAGGCCUACGCAAGGCUACAGGGUGCUGUGGAGUCCCUCAAAAUGGCGCUAGGGGGCAGUGUGGCCAAAGCAGGUACCCUGACAGACUGUCCAUUCCAGGGGGAUUCAUCAGUCUACAGCACAGUCGGUGCGACUGCAGAAGUGAACUCCAUUCUAGGAGACCACACAAAGGCUCUGAUUGGUCAGCUGAUCAUCUUUAACCAGAUCCUAGGAGAGCUGCGAGAGGACAUCAGAGAGCAGGUGAAGGAGAUGUCCCUGAUUAGGAACACCAUUCUGGAGUGCCAAGUGUGUGGCUUCCACGACCCUCGUUCCCGCUGCUCCCCCAACCCCUGUUUUAAGGGCCUGUCCUGCAUGGAGACCUUUGACUACCCAGGGUACCGCUGUGGUCCCUGCCCGGAGGGCUUGACGGGCAACGGAACCCACUGCCAAGACAUUGACGAGUGUUCCAUAGCCCAGCCCUGCUACUCUCCAGGUGCGUGUAUAAACACAGUGAAGGGUUUCAGCUGUGAACUCUGCCCCCCUGGUCUCUGGGGCCCACCCGUCUUUGGGGUCGGACUGGAGUACGCCAACCACCACAAGCAGGAGUGUGCAGACAUCGAUGAGUGUAUUGAAGUUGCCAACGCCUGUGUGCCCCACUCCAUGUGUACCAACACCAUCGGCUCGUUCAGGUGUGGUGGCUGUAAGGUGGGUUACCUGGGGAACCAGACAGUGGGCUGCGUGCCCCGUAGGUCCUGUGCCACACUCAGCUUUAACCCUUGUGAUGCCAACGCCCACUGCAUCAUAGAGCGGAACGGAGAGGUGUCCUGUGCGUGCAACAUUGGCUGGGCCGGUAACGGGAACACUUGUGGCACAGACACAGACAUUGAUGGAUACCCAGACCGCUCUCUGCCCUGUAUGGACAAUGACAAGCACUGUAAACAGGACAACUGUGUUUACACACCCAACUCAGGCCAGGAGGAUGCAGACAACGAUGGCAUCGGAGACCAGUGUGACGAGGACGCAGAUGGGGACGGCAUCAAAGAAUGUGGAGGUGUGUGUGAUAACUGUCGACUAGAACCCAACAAAGAUCAGCAGAACUCAGACACAGACUCUUUCGGUGAUGCCUGUGACAACUGUCCCAAUGUCCCUAACAUUGACCAGAGGGAUACGGACAGCAACGGGCAAGGAGACGCCUGUGACAAUGACAUAGAUGGAGAUGGUAUCCCCAACGUGCUAGACAACUGCCCCAGAGUCCCCAACCCCAUGCAGACAGACAGGGAUGGAGACGGGGUAGGAGACGCCUGCGACAGCUGCCCUGAGAUCAGCAACCCCAUGCAGACGGACAUUGACAAUGACCUGGUGGGGGAUGUGUGUGACACUGACCAGGACACGGAUGGGGACGGUCACCAGGAUUCCAGGGACAACUGCCCUGACCAUCCCAACAGCUCCCAGCUGGACUCGGACAACGAUGGCAUUGGGGAUGACUGUGACGAUGACGAUGACAAUGACGGAUUCCCAGACGUACAAGACAACUGCAGACUUAUCACCAAUCCCAACCAGAAAGAUUCUAACAGUAACGGGGUGGGCGAUGUGUGUGAGAACGACUUUGACAACGAUUCAGUCUGGGAUCUGAUUGAUGUGUGCCCUGAGAGUUCAGAGGUCACACUGACAGACUUCAGAGCCUAUCAGACAGUCAUUCUGGAUCCAGAGGGUGAUGCCCAGAUCGAUCCCAAUUGGGUGGUGCUCAAUCAGGGCAUGGAAAUAGUUCAGACCAUGAACAGUGAUCCUGGUUUAGCUGUGGGCUACACAGCGUUCAACGGGGUGGACUUUGAGGGCACCUUCCACAUCAACACGGUGACGGACGACGACUAUGCAGGCUUCAUCUUCGGCUACCAGGACUCCUCUUCCUUCUACGUGGUGAUGUGGAAACAGACAGAGCAGACCUACUGGCAGUCGACACCCUUCAGGGCCGUGGCCCAACCUGGCCURCAGCUCAAAGCAGUGAAGUCCCGUACAGGGCCUGGUGAGUACCUGCGUAACGCCCUGUGGCACACAGGGGACACCAACGAGGAGGUGAAGCUGCUGUGGUCGGACCCACGGAACGUUGGCUGGAGAGACAAGACAUCUUACCGCUGGCAGCUCAGCCACAGGCCCCAGGUGGGAUACAUCAGGGUGAAGUUAUAUGAGGGGACGGAGAUUGUGGCCGACUCUGGCGUGGUGAUUGACACUACCAUGAGAGGCGGACGACUGGGGGUCUUCUGUUUCUCCCAAGAGAACAUCAUCUGGUCCAACCUGCGCUACCGCUGCAACGACACUGUUCCAGACGACUUCAACCCAUAUCGCAAACAGGUCCUGCUGCACAUCAAGGUGUGAGAUGAUUCGAGGAUGUGUGAGUGCUGAGGCAUAUAGAUGAGUAACCUCUCCAGCACUGUCUCUCUACACACACACUCACACACACACACACUCUUACUGCCUCUCAGUACAGAAUUUCAACUGCUGUUAAAAUGAGUGUGACUGUGUCUGCCCAUGAGUGAAAGGGGAGGGGUUUCAGAGUUGUGGUAAAGGAGGAAGAAGAACCAAUUUACAACAUUGUUGUUAUACCAGACUGGAAAAGCAAAAAGGUACUAGACUUUGGAAGAAAGUAUACAUGAUAAUUAAUGUAUGUAGGACUGUGUUACUUCUGGGUUUGAGUUGCUGUCCUUGCCUUCAAUUUCACUGUAUGAACGGUGGUUGUGUGAAUGACAGCGGUUAACCGUUGAGUUUGACUGUUGCGUUAGGUAUGAGUGCUGUUGUUGCUUUGUGUUUGUGUAUUUACAGCUAUUAUAUGAAUAAAUUGAUUAUAUUUUAUGAAGCAUAAACAAAGAGCAACACAGUCUUUGUCCACAAAAAAAUAAUAAACAAUUGAAUUUCUUAAAAAUAUGUUUAUUUGACCUUUGUGAUUCUGUACACAACAAGAAUGCUAAUGAACGAUACUACUUAGAAUAAAAAACUGUCAAAGAAAUCAAGAGCAACUGUGAAUGUGCACUGCUGUUCCGAGGUCAUCCAGGCAGUGAAGUAUGUGGUGACACUGGUGCUAACUGUAUCUAAUCGCUGAGUGCUGUGGUUKUCAUCAUACCUCCCAGGAGCAGACAGACCCCAGGGCUCAACUGACUGAACUGCCUGUCUCCACUGUCUGCUUCUCUGCUCCACCAUAAUAGCCAGUCAUAGAAAUCCAUAUACAUGGUACAGAACUUGCUAUAUUUAAUAUCAUAUAUUAUGUGUCACAUUGCCUAAUUACGUUAUUCUUAUGCCAGUGUAGUAACACUGUAAUAACUCAAUGAUAACACUGUAUUUUAACAUGUUACAUUGUAACUUGCUUUGUAAUGGAGUUGAGCAUUUUGUUACCACAUAAGUGAAAUAAAACCUCUUCCCAUUCUA